AAAUACCCAAAAUUCAUUUUACAUCCCGAUGUAUACCAUGAACAAGUACACGCAUGAGGUGCAUUGUAUACAGCUAUAAUCAGAUCUGUAUUAUUCAUCAAGAGUAUAUGCUAGAGAGAAGGAGAACAUAAACCCUAGUACAGACACGAAGAAGAAGAUGGAAAGAAAAUUAUGCACAGAAUAUACAUGUUGCCAUAUGCGUGUAUGUUCCCUUAUAUAACCAAGUUGCCCACCAUUGUUUGUCAACAACUACUUUUUUUGCCCAUUAAAUGAUUUCUAAAGACUUUUCCUUUACCCACUAGAAACCGGCCGUAUCCUCGUUAUCUGAUGGCCAACUUUCGGCUAUAAAUUGAAUUGAAACUCAAAGCAAAAAGUUAUCUCACAAGAAAUUUCAGAGUCCGGUUGGAGAGAAAUGGCGAACAGGAUGCCGACGUCAAUUCAUUCUUAUCCCAUGAUCGGUGGCGACGGUCCACAUAGUUAUAUUCGUAAUUCUUCCUACCAAAAAGCCGCAAUCGAGAGUGUAAGAACAAAGACAAGAGAAGCCAUUUUAGCAAAAACCCCAAACUUUGACCUAAACAUUUACAAAAUAGCGGACUUCGGUUGUUCUGUCGGAUCCAACACAUUAGAUGUUGUCCAAAACAUUAUAGAAACCUUGAAACUCAAACGGCAACAAGAAGAAAACAAAGGAGAUAACAACGAACACCCCGAGUUCCAUGUUUUUUUCAACGAUAAACCCGACAAUGACUUCAAUACUCUCUUCAAAACCCUACCUCAGUAUUACCUCGACCGUGAAGUUUUUGCAUGUGGUGUUCCCGGUUCCUUCUACCACCAACUGUUCUCGAGAAACAGUCUUCAUAUCGGACACACUUCUAAUACACUCCAUUGGCUCUCAACCACUCCGGAAGAUGUUUGCAACCAAAACUCACAAGCUUGGAACAAAAACAGCAUACAUUGUACCAAUCUAGUCAAUGAAGUGACUCAAGCUUACAAGAAGCUAUUUGAGAAGGAAAUUGGAGCUUUCAUUGAAGCCAGAACUCAAGAACUUGUUUCUGGAGGAUUGAUGAUCAUUUUGGGUUGGUGUCUACCCGAUGGUGUAAAGAUGAUUCGGACAUGGAAAGGUGUUGUCUUUGAUAUGAUCGAAGAUUGUUUGAUUCAUAUGGCCAAAUCGGGGAUAACAAGCGUGGAAAAGGUGGAAUCUUUCAACUUGCCAAUAUACUUCCCACAGUUUAACGAAUUGAAGGAGGUGAUGGAGAAAAAUGGGUGUUUCACCAUUGAGAUUAUGGAAGAAGUGAAGCAUCCUAUGGAGGAUAUGCCGCUAAGCAACGACUUCAUCGCCUCCAUAUUUCGAACUACCAUGCACGGAGUCAUAGAAGAACAUUUCGGAGAUGGCGUGGUUGAUGAACUCCUUGAUCGAUUUGCUAAGGAAUUGACCAAACACCCUAUUGAUUUCAAAGACUGUCAAAAGGAUAUGCAAUACUUUAUCUUUCUUAAGCGAAAGACUGAUUAAUAAAGUUUUGUCGUCAGUCGUAUUGUGAUUGUAAUAAUGAUUAUAUUUGUCAGCCCUAUAAUCGCUGGAAUAAACAAUAAUAACCACCUUACACCUU